AUGGCCUCUUUUACAUCUUGUGCACGUAUUCUGUACAACACAACCAAUGUUGACCGUACCAUGCACACGAUCGUUCAUUGCAGCGAUGGAAAAUACGUGGAAGUGCCAAAGGCAGUUGCGGAUAAAUGCACCUUUAUUGAGAAAGUCAAAGACGAAAUGAUUCCUGAAUUUGAGUACCCCGCAGCCGUUCUUGAAAAUCUUGUCUGCUGGACAGAACACUAUGGCAUUGACGGUUUUGCCGAAAGUGAAAUUGUAAGACCAUGUAUUUACAGAAAUAUUCUCCACGUCCUGAAAAACAAGUGGGACAAUGGCUUUUUUGUUUCUCGCCUUACCAGUGAACUAAACAUUGGACACUAUCUACAGACCGUAAACGCAGCAGAAAAGUUUAAUAUGAAGGGUUUGCAUUGCUUUCUUUGUGUUGGACUUAGCUGUAAGUUCCGCAGUGAGGAUGAUGCAGAACUCAUUCACAAGAUAAUGGGGCUUCCAUCUAAUGUGCAACCGGACCAAGAGGAUAUUGAAAACGUGACCACACGGUAUCCUUGGCUGAAUGAAGCCAUUGAACCGGUUGUGAGGAAGUAA